UCACGAACACGGAACGCUGAGCACGAAACAAGGAAGGCGGUUACCAAGUAGCACUUAAGUGCCAUAACAGAUAUUGUUGUUACCAUCAUCAUCACCAUCGUCGUCAUUGUCAUCAUAAUUGUGCGCGUUCCAGAAACAAACUGCGAAGAAGAAGCGUGAUCAUAAAAUUGCAAGUUAGCCACGGUGCCAUGUCUUCCUUUCACGCCACGCUUGUCUACGGUCUCCUGCUGCUGGUGAUCGUCCUGGAGCCUUCCUCGAUGGCUCGAGGUCGCGAAAGUGAUGUCGCCGGGGGCCACGACUGCAAGUUUCGCUGCCCGCGGUCCCUGAAGCCCUCGCCUCGCGCCCAUUACAAGAGCUCUUCGAACGGCUGCGGCACCGAGGCCUUCCGGCUGCCGGCGUCGGCGCUGCCGCACCCGGACUUCGAGGCGUGCUGCAACGAGCACGACCUCUGCUACGACACGUGCCUGGCGGACAAGGGCCAAUGCGACGUGGCCUUCGACGCGUGCAUGCAGCGCGUCUGUGACACCAAGGUGGUGACCGGCAGGGACUCGUGCGUCUCGACGGCCAACCUGUUCAUGAGCUUGACCAGGAACCUGGGCUGCGACCCCUUCAUCAAGUCUCAGAAGCAGGCGUGUGUGUGCAAAUCCGACGAUGAACUGUAAGGCACCAGCACUAUCUGUGAAUCCAGCCGCAUGUGCGUGGUGUCCUGACUGGCACAGGGGAUAUCUAAAAGGCUCGCCACAUGCGGACCUAAUGCAGGUUUAAAGGUCUGCAUGCAUUAUAUGAACCGCUCGGGGAUAAUGUGCAUGCCAUUUCCAAAUUUUAAACCGAGAUAAAUGAUUGUGUCUGUG